CGUCACCAUAUUUUGUCAUUCUUCUCUUUUUUAUUUACAUCAUCUAAUUUCUGUCUAUUAUUUCAUUCCAUCCAACUUUGGUACUAGUAUAAUACAUUAAUACCCCGUAAGUCUCAACCAAGAGUUGUCUCUUUAGGCGAUCGACUGAGUCGAUCUAGAGUUGCUAGCUUGAUUAGAUACCUUUGGCUAGAUGAAGUAGCAUUGGAUUAUAGCUUAUCAACUCUUCUCUAGAAGCUUAAAGAACGCAAAAAUGGUGACUGUUGCUAGACUGCAACUUCUCCAACUACAUUCACACCCUAAACUCCUCAAACCCUGUUUUCUCUUUCCUCCCACAAAAUUCAAACUCCCCAAUUUCUGUUUCUCUACCUCUUCGCAAAGCUUCUCUGCCUUUCGUUGUCGUUCCUCCAAUGCCGAUCAAAUUCGUCAGAAUUCUUCCCAUAUUGAAAAAGAUGGGUCAAUUGUUAGGGAUUUGCUGAAUUAUCUCAAUGAAUCAUGGACCCAAUUUCAUGCUACUGCUGAAGCUAAAAGGCAACUGCUUGCUGCUGGCUUCCACCUACUGAAUGAGAAUGAAGAAUGGGAACUCAAGCCUGGUGGUCGAUACUUUUUCACAAGAAAUAUGUCUUCUUUGAUUGCUUUUUCCAUUGGUGAAAAUUACAUUACUGGCAAUGGAUUUCACAUUAUUGCAGCCCACACCGACAGUCCAUGUUUAAAACUAAAACCAAUAUCAGCAUCGUCAAAACCUGGAUAUCUAAUGCUGAAUGUUCAAACAUAUGGUGGUGGCUUGUGGCACACUUGGUUUGACCGAGACUUAAGCGUUGCUGGAAGAGUUAUAGUUAGGAGUGAUGAUGGUUCUUUCAUUCAGAGACUUGUGAAAAUAAAUAGACCACUAUUGCGAAUACCUACUCUAGCCAUUCAUCUCAACCGAACAGUGAAUCAGGAUGGUUUCAAACCUAAUUUAGAAACUCACCUUGUCCCAUUGCUGUCAACAAGAUGUGAAGAAGAGCUUCCAGAGUCUAAAGAACAGGGACCAACAAAAUCUUCUAAGGCUUGGCAUCAUCCACAGCUUCUGGAGGUUCUGUCUGAAGAGUUGGAUUGUUGUGUUGAUGACAUUGUGAGUCUCGAGCUUAAUGUUUGUGAUACUCAAGCUAGCUGUCUGGGGGGCAUAAACAAUGAGUUUAUAUUUUCUGGAAGAUUAGAUAAUCUUGCCUCAAGUUUUUGCGCACUAAGAGCUCUUCUUGAUUCUUGUUCAUCUCCUGGAGAUUUAUCUAAUGAAGAUGCUGUACGGAUGAUUGCUUUAUUUGAUAAUGAAGAGGUGGGUUCUGACUCAAUCCAGGGUGCUGGUGCACCCACAAUGUUUCAAGCUAUGAGACGCAUAGUUAGCUGCUUAGCUCAUGAAAAUGUUGGUGAAGGGACUGUAGAAAGAGCGAUUCGGCAAUCAUUUUUAGUCUCAGCUGACAUGGCUCAUGGAGUUCACCCAAAUUUUAUGGACAAACAUGAAGAAGACCAUCGGCCACAAAUGCAAAAGGGGCUUGUUAUAAAACAUAAUGCUAACCAGCGCUAUGCUACUAGUGGAGUUACUGCUUUUCUUUUCAAAGAAGUUGCAAAAAUUCAUAACUUACCAACUCAGGAAUUUGUGGUCAGAAAUGACAUGGGGUGUGGAUCCACUAUUGGUCCCAUACUUGCUGCAGGUGUUGGGAUACGAACUGUUGAUUGUGGCAUCCCUCAGCUUUCCAUGCACAGUGUGAGGGAGAUAUGUGGAAAGGAAGAUGUAGACACUGCUUAUAAGCUUUUCAAAGCAUUUUACAAAACAUUUUCCAGUGUUGACAGAAAAUUAUCUGUUGAUGAGUAAGUCUAAUAUCAGACUUGAUUCAAGCAUCUAUAGCCUUGACUAAUGUGUCUGGAGGACCCUUUCCUGAUAUGGCUGGCUGAUAAACGACCAGUCCUUUCAUUUAUUAUAGAAAGAGACUUCUUUUAGGUUCUUCCAUUGAGGCAGCGGUAGCCCUGAGGGAGACUGUAUAGAGAAUCAUCCUAUUAGUUCCUCUUUAUCACAUGUUAUUAUAAACGAACGACUACUUUUCAAUGUCAAAUGAAUGAGUUGCCAAUUGGCCAGAUUCCUGUACGACAACAUCUCAUGCAGCUAAGAAAUCAAGUGCAUAUACCUUGUGAAGGGGUGUAACAGACUUCUGGAAUCAAAUCAUCUGUCACUUUCCGAGGAUUGUAUCGAAGCUUGAAGGUCACUCAAAGUAGUUAGGUUGCAGUCAUAGAUUAUCCUUGAAAAGCUUUUGCUGGAGUGCAGGAUUGACGGCACAACUCUUGAUCUCAUAUCUUAACAAAUCGCAUUCUAAAAUGGCAGUAUUGAAUUUGGAAGUUAAACAGUCAUUUUUUGUUCGAUAAUUUCUAUUGUUUAACUUUAUGAACCAUUUUGUAACAUUUACAAUCACUGUACUACAUUUCACGUAAAGUUUCUGUAGCUUUCAUAUUUCUGGAGAAAGGAAGAAAUAAUAAGUGA